AGAGUUGAUUGUUCUCCUGUUGACAAAUUCAUCGUUUUGUCCAGCCCUGAAAACAGUCCUCAAAAGCCACGGUUUGGUAGCUCUGUUUGUGCUGACAAGUAAUCGUCUUGUCAAGCCCAGAAAAUACUCCUCAAAAAUCGAGGACGUUAUUGAACCAGCAGAUGUAAAUGAUUGUGAAAAUCAAAAGCAGAWCAGGAAUACCAAUGUUCUGCCUCAUACUUUGGAAAUGCUUGAAAGCGUUGUCGAGUCACUGCCGUACGAUAUCAACGGCUACAAAAAAUUUGUGCUCCCUUGUGAUCCAAAUAACAUAAUGAAGUCAAGCAAGGAUGGACGCCCCUGGAAAACGUGGGUUACAUCAAAUAGAGCAGAUUUCAAUGGGAUACGACGUCGAAGUCAGUGUACUGGUUCAUGGAUGUGUCCCAACGAAGAAUGCACAUUUUUACAAGAAAGGAAGACGAAAAAUAAUGUGCAAUUUGUAGGGCCAAAAAAAGAGAAAUGCUGCUUCGUAURUGAGUCAACGGCAAAAUUCAUACCUWGCCCGGCGAUAAAAGUGUGGGAGUUCGACAAAAACAAGACAAAGGUUACUGUUUAUCAUCAGGGCAAUCACACAUGCCCCCCAGUUUCAAGAAAAUUCAGCGAAGCGGUCAAGGCAGAACUGAAAGAUACAUUUCWGAAAAAUCAUACACUUACACCCAUGCAAGUUGCCAGCAACAAAAUAGUUGAAGCGCUGAAAGAAGUAACGGACUGGGAUGAAAUUGACAAGCUCGCUGAAAGUCUUGCCGAUACGAGAGGCAUAGAGUCAGUAAAAAAGAGCUCACGAAAGGACAACCUUGGACAUUCGUUCGAGGCCCUUGCUGAUUUUAAAGCUCAGYGUGACAAACGGGAUCCUUUUUUUAUUCAUAAAAUCAACGAUGAGAGGCAUAACAAGGAAAUGUCAUUUGUUUUUAAAGCAUCGAAGUUCCAAGCAAGUCUUGGAAUAUCUAUGGAUAGGGAUGGAGAGGGAUUACUACGUGAUCAGUAUUGUUAUGUGGACGCAAAGCACAACAGGUGCGCGGGAUUUAAAACUAUCACYMUGKGGGUGUACCAUCCCUUGAUACGUAAAGUUGUGAAGUUGGCCACCAUGGAGUGUAAAAAAGAAGACACUGACGCCUUGGUGAAGUUUUGGUCAAACUGGAAUGAGGUAUUACAAGCUGUGUCUGGGGAUCCCAUCUAUAUGUUUAAUCCUACUGGUUUCGUCAUGGAUGAGGCUGGCGGUAACUGGAACGCUUUGAAAAUUGUGUUUGGUGAUGAUGCAGAUUCCAGGGCCGUGUCCUGCGAAUUCCAUUUUAAACAGUCUGUUGGACGGAAAUCGCAUAAGAUUCCUCAAGACAGCAAAGCACGUUUUGAGUCGCUUUCAUCUGCGUUGUUAGAAGCCAGCACACCUAGUGUGUUUGAAAAGCGACGUGCAGAUUUGAACCGCUUUAUAAAGGAAAAACCAGAARAAAGAGAUUUUCUAAAGGAAUGGGUAAAAUGGUGGGAAGCACGAAAAACACAUAUCUUCAGAGCUUUUAAGGGUACAUUUAAAAUACCCCACAUGAAUCUGGCAGAGACAGGGCAUUCAACAUGGGCAAAAUCAGGAGCCUGUAAUCUCACUCUCGUAGACGCGGCAAGGCAUGACGUGGGCGAGAACAUUCGGUUGGAAAAGAUCGUCCAGGGAUUCCUGGAUGGAAGUAUCAAAUCUACUGGGAAGGGUCCAAGUUCUAGUGCAGCUGCUACCCGAGACCAUGCGGCACAAAUGGCGAGGGCACGAGACUACGGAAAAGAAAUCCUUGAUCCCCAUUUCGAGGGAGAUCCUUAUAGUGCAACUGACGUUCAUUGUGAUAUUGAUCCCUCCUCAUCCCAUAGCCCAACUAAACGAACAGGAAAAUCACGAUCUGCCAAACCCGCCAAGCCGAAACGACGCAGUAGAGAUUUUCAAGCGCGUCUGGCAAAAGCGAAAUCUGAAGCUGCUGAAAUGUACCUCUCACGCAAAGUGCUCCUCGCUUCUGAUUACUGUAGGUUUGUACUCACCCACGAAAACAAAGGCUACUUCAUUGACAUCAACCUUACUCCUCGCUGCUCUUAUCCCGAUUUUGGCCAAAAGGAUGUUUGCAAGCACCUUCUUUGGGUUUAUCUUUUCGCUCUGAAUGUUGACGAAAAUAGCGACGUGCUUGAGAAGAAAACGCUAACCUUAGACGUCUUGCAUACUCUGCUAGGCACAUCACCGGAUCAGCGCUCUAAUCCUGGAAAAUCUGCUGUUACACACACAAUAACAACACAAGCCACAUCGACUUUGCAAAGUUACGCUUCACUUUCACAUUCCAACUCAUUACACGUACAAACCAAUACACCAUCUCUACAAUCUCACACGUCGACAUAUCAGACAGAUCAAAGAAUAUCACCUCUGCAACUACAGCAGCAGCGACAGCAAAAGCAACAGCAUCAGYCAUGGCCACCUCACCAACAACAGCAAUCAUGUCAGCAGCAGCAACAACAACAACAACACCAGCAACGACUAUGGCAACACCAACAACAGCAAUCAUGGCAACAGCAGCAGCAGUAACAACAACAGCAGCAGAUGCAAACGCAACAACCACCAAAUCCAUCAAAUUACUGGUACACAGGACAACGCACGCGAGGUUUAGCUCCUGUUAGUUUACAACAGCAACAACAACUCCUACAGCAGCAGUCAAGAAACAAAUCUACAACACAUCAUACGCAACUUAGGCCGAAUAGGCACAAUCCAUUCGCCCCUUCUCCUGGUUAUCCCAACCCUCUUUAUGGUAGUUAUAUGGUCUACUUCCUGCAAUUCUGUCCACCACAAGUAAAAUCGUGUUUCGGGUGUGGACAAGCUUUAAAACCAGGGGGUAAAAUUGGUAAUCCCCCACAUGAUCUAGUCAUUGUAUCUAACACGACCAGGUCAUAUUACGAUCAGGCAGGACUACUGAGAGAUAGACCUGGGAAUGUAUAUUACCACGUCAACACGGGCUGUCUUAAAAGGCAACAGGCUUAUUUUGUUUCAUCGUUAGUCCAAAUACCYCGSGUUAUCAGGGAUAUGCUAAAUCAGGCACACCGUAGUMAUUUAAUGGAGUUUGGUUUAGKUUUGUAAUGUUUURCUGGUAGUGUUUGGAUCAGUAGCUCCAAACACCAAAUCUGAUGAAAGCAUAAGACCCAUGUAGGUAUGUUUUUGAAGUGUUUAAGAAAUGGCUUCCAGUAAUUAACAUUUAAUAAACGCGGUGUCUGUAUGGCCGGCAGCCGGCCAGGGUCUUCAAAUUACUAAAUGAYCGGCAGUCGAGAAUUUUUGUUUAUAACUAGCUGGAAAUAUAGCCAAUCGCUUCAAAGCUACUCUACAGUCAAAAAAAUGCACAUUUUUUCCAGCCCAAUCUGAUUUGUAUUCUAAUAGCACAGGGUUGUGAAAAAGUGCCUGGUGAUUCUUAAAAUAAAGUUUUUUUAAUUUGAUUGCUAUUUUAAAUUUGUUUUGAAGAAAUAUAAAUAUUUCUCGACCGGCAGUCUAUAGAGUUCAGUAUAUACUUCAACACUCAUCGSCUUUACCCCGAAAUUUAAAUACUUCAACUCAAUUGUCGCAGUCCAAACGAAUCUAAAAAAACCGAGCCUUUUUUGAUUUUAAAAAGCGAUUGGGUUGGAAAAAAAGUGCAUUUUUUUGACUGCCGGUCAUUUAGGAAUUCGUGUUGCCUUUUGACCGGCAGUCGUGUGGKGAUUUCUCUGUCUCACUGAAUUCAUGGCUUCGUAUUCUAUGUCGGGCAUCGACGAAAAGUACAAUAUGAGAUCUAAAACGUUUUUCGUGUUCGCUUGGGGUAAUAGAAUAAAGUUAGAGUAGCUUGGAAGCGAUUGGCUAUAUUUCCAGCUAGAUAUAAACAAAAAUUCUUGACUGCCGGCCAUUUAGUAAUUCGAAGGCCCUGGCCGGCUGCCGGCCAUAUCGACACAGCGUUUAACGUUUAAUAAAUGAACCUCUGGCAAAAAAAAAAAAAUGUAGAUAAUACUCAGUGGUGAGUGGAAUUUGGAAAGUCUGGGUUCGAUCCAUAUAAUUUUAUAUGAAUUCAUAUUGUACUAAUUAUAGUGUAUAUUUAGUCAAAUAAACAUAACAGCAAACAAAAGAA